AUGUCAUCAAUAUUAUAACAUUAGAAAAGGGUUUAGGAAGAAAAAAAAGAAUUGGUGACGAAAUAAAUCAAAAAAGAAAAAAGAAAAAAUUAAUAUACAUUAGAAUUUUAGUUUGGAAGUAAUAUAGAUAUGUCAAUGCUCAAAUAAAUCUAACAAUUUUCUUAAGUAUUACCACCAUCAAUACCAUAAAAUAUCGUUUUUCGUCUUAACUCAAACAUUUAAAUUCCUUAAUUAACUUGUCGAGAUUAUUAAUUAGGUAAUUUAUCAAUUGAUCCUCAUUCAUUUAACUAUAAAGUUAUUAGGUAUGAUAAAUGCAAAAAUACACAUGUCUUUUAUUUUGAACCAAUCGAAAGAUAAUACACACCAAUGACAAUAAUAAAAGAAAUUUUUGGAAAGAAAAAUGAAUAACUUGCUAAAAUUUUCAAUAAUUUACAUAAUAAUAAACUAAAUAUUGAAAAGUAUAAUAUAGUAAACGAAAAUGAAUUAGAAGAGUUUGAAAGAUUAAUUACAACUGCUUAUUCUUUAUAUAUUUCAAAAUAUAAAAAUGGUGUAAUUACUUCUAUCGCUAGAGGAAUGAAUGAAUAAUAUUUAAAAUUGAUAGGAAUAAAUGAAGCAAUUAUUUAUGAUUAUCUAUCUUCAACAGGUUGCUUGCCAUGGCCAUAUAAAUAAAAUGAAAAUACUCAAUGGGAUUCUGAUUUGUUAUAAUUAUUCUCAUGUGAUGAAUCAAAUAAUUCAAUUACCGGAUAAGCAAUUAAUUAUAAUGGAAACUUAUUUCCCGUUAUAUUAACACAAUUUAAUUAUUAUUUGUAUAAUGAAACUGAACAAUCAUAUACAUAGUAUAAAUAUUAUGUAUAUGAAUAUAAUCUAAAAUGGUCAAAUGAUAAUCAAAUUCAUUAAAAUUAUUUAAAUUAUUUCAAUAAACGACUUGAUUACCUAGAAUCAAUAAAUCCAAAUAGUAUCAAAAGAUGUAAAUACAAGUUUAUAUGA